UUCCCUCUUCCCCGCUGAAACAUACAUACCUCUGCAGUUUCCGAUCACCUUGGACGUCGCCUCCGGCCCCUCAGUCAGUGGAUCGUCCACCACCCACACCGUGCCAAACGGCGUGCUCGCCGUAUCUUUUUUCGGACUGGGUUACCUUGAUGACACUGGGGUUUUCUCCGCCGGGAGUGUUGUGCAAGAAGCAGUGGAGAGUAGUCUCUUUGUCUUCGGCCAUUAAUGCCCGCCUGAGCUGCGGUUCUAGCAGUUUGAAUAUUAAUGUUGGUAAUGGUGUAGCAAGCGGCAGAAGGAGCUAGCGAUUCUGACAAUGCAGGCCACUGCCGACCAGAGCAGAAAACAGGCUCCUUACGCAGCAUUUCAGACUCUCAUUUUCCGGAAACAGGGGAGAUGCAGAUUCAGUUGAAGUGUAGCUGUGGAGAAGACGAAUGCCCAGAAUGGGCAAUCGUGGAAUUGCAAGGGGAGGUUGAGAUCCAAUCUUCAUUUCAAACUUGUCUCAAAAACCUCCAUAUUGGAGUCCUUUGCCGUCCUUCUUCACAGGAAACUUACACAUUCACCAUCGGAUACCACGAACUGACGGGGUCAAAAGUGAAGAUGAAGAAACCAGUCUUGGUGCUCAAGAAAAUCAAACGUAUGGAUGUGGAAGGAACCGGGGAUGGUAAUUCUUCAGGAGUUGAAUUGGAAGUUGUUGGAGUUAUUCGGCAUAAGAUUUUGUUCAAGUCCAGACCAAAAGCCCUAAUUUCCGGAUCGCAGGCAGUAGCCAAGGAUAGAAUCAAUGCUGUGCGAAGAUGGUGUUAAAGGGAUUGAUUUCCUGUAUUGUUUAUCUGGGUUUAUAUUUUGCUGCUAAGUUGGGGUAUCUGUAAAAAGAAAAGCUUCAAUUCUGCCUCAUAAAUGGGAUAUGAUAGGGUGGUAAUCCAGACAAAAAGAUUAUGUUGCAAUUAAACUUCAGAAUUAAAAAUGAACUGGAAAUUGUUUAAAACAAUGAAACCAAAUCAGAACACUUGAUACUUGGAUGAUAUUUUUUACUCAAUUCAAUAAUAUAAGCAUAUUGAUCA